GUGAAAUGGCUGAUAAUUUGGAUGAAUUUAUUGAAGAGCAGAAAGCCAAAUUGGCCAAAGAUAAAGCAGAAUUGGAACGUGAUCCACCUUAUAUGGAAAUGAAGGGAAAGGGAUCAGAGCAGCUUUCUGAAAAUAGUAAAAUAUUAAUUUCGAUGGCUAAAGAAAACAUACCACCAAACAGUCAGCAGACCAAGGGUUCCUUAGGAAUCAAUUAUGGAUUAAGUUUACCACUUGGAGAAGACUAUGAGCAGAAGAAACAUAAAUUAAAAGAAGAAUUGCGGCAAGAUUAUAGGCGUUAUCUUACUCAGGGUAUUGCACAAGCAAAAAGAAAGAAAAAUUUUUUAUCUACAAGUGAAAUAGAUCCAUCUACUCUGGGAGUUUCUCUUCCUAUUGAUGAAAGGUUAUCUGCUAAGGAAAGGUUGAAACUUGAACGCAACAAAGAAUACAAUCAGUUUCUCAGGGAUAAGAAAGAAACGAAUGAAAAUUUCAGGCAGAUAGAGAAGAGUAUUGAGUCCAAGAAUCAAAGAAAUAAAAAGCCUUUUAGUCAAAUUAAACCUGAUCUGCCUUCACAAAUACAGACAUCUUUUGAAAAUGUAGAAGGUCCUAGGAGAGAGGUCUUAACUCCUUCAGAUGCAUAUGAAGAGCUUCUAAACCAAAGACGACUAGAGGAAGACAAAUAUCGGCAACUAGAUGAUGACAUUGAAUUAAGGAAUAGAAGAAUCAGUAAAAAAUCUCAUGAAGAACGGGGCGUUUCUAAUAGAAAAUAUCAGAAAUUUGCUGGCACAACUGACAUUUCAAAUAGAAGAUCGUAUGGGCUUAAUGAGGAUCCUGCUUUUGAUAGACAGUAUUAUAGACCAGACCAAAAUUCUGAAAUAAGUGAAGAAAUGGAUGAAAGAUUUAGAUUUGAAAAUGAUGUUGAUAGAAGAUAUUUGAGACUGUAUCCAAAUGACAGGAUGUUACAGAACAGACGGAGAAAUGUGUUUCGUACGGAGCGUGAUGGUGAUGUCACAGAACAGUUAAACAUACGAAUCUCUUCAGCUGGAAAUGAAAGUUCUCCAGUCAGUGAACCAUCCAGAACUAAUCGAGAGAUAUGUAGUCCUUUUGCAGGGAUGCUCUUUGGUGGUGAAAAUCGAGAAAUUAUUCGGAAAAAGAAAGAGAAAUAUAGACUUGAACUGUUGGAACUAAUGGCUGAACAACAAAAAUACAAGAGACGAGAAAAAGAUUUGGAACUUAGGGUUGCAGCUACUGGAGCACAAGACCCUGAGAAAUCGCCUGAUAGACUAAAGCAGUUUAGUGUGACACCAAGACCCUUUGAAGAGACGCUACCACCUGAAAGACCCAGAGUAGCUUUCCAGACACCUCUCCCUCCUUUAUCUACCCCAUCUGUCCCACCCAUCCCAUCAGUUAACUCCAUCCCACCUCAAAGUGAAGAUUUGCACAGUGGAUUCAGCAGCACCCUUGGUGAAAUGGUGCCUCCCAGGAUUGUACCUCUGCCUCCACCUCCUAUGCUACCACCUCUGGCAAACUAUCGGACUCCUUAUGAUGAUGCUUACUAUUUUUAUGGAGCCAGGAAUACUUUGGAUCCCAGUAUUUCUUAUUAUGGCUCAGGAAUAACAGGAGUCCACCCUGCAGCUUAUGUCAGUGCUCCUAUCGCCCAUCAGCCACAUCCUAUCGUGAAUACAGUUGGACAGAGUGAAGUAAAAGUUGCAAGUGAUCGAGCAGCAAAUUUAGGAUUAGUUUUUGAAGAUAAACCAAAGCCUUCAAAACAGUCUCUGCAGUCUUAUCAAGAAGCUUUACAACAGCAGAUUAGGGAAAGAGAAGAAAGAAGAAAGAGAGAGCGUGAAGAAAAAGAAGAAUAUGAAGCUAGAUUAGAAGCUGAAAUGAAAAUUUAUAAUCCCUGGGGAAAAGGUGGAGGUGGUGCUCCUAUUAGGGAUGCAAAAGGAAAUCUGAUAACUGAUUUGAAUAGGAUGCACAGACAAAAUAUCGAUGCCUACCAUAACCCAGAUGCAAGGAUAUCUGAAGAUAAAAGGGCUGUUGUAUCUCUAGACAAAAAUUUAGCCACUUCAAAUGCGGAGAACCUAGAAGAUUCUGCAAGUAAAAACUCAGGUUAUAUGCAAUCUCAGAGCUCUCCUUUUGCUCGGGGGAAUGUAUUUGGUGAGCCUCCAACUGAACUUCAGAUUAAACAACAAGAAUUAUACAAGAACUUUCUUCGUUUUCAGAUUGAGGAAAAGAAGCAGAGAGAAGAAGCAGAGCGAGAGAAACUGAGAAUUGCAGAAGAGAAGGAAGAAAAACGACUUGCAGAACAAAGGGCUCGAAUUCAACAAGAGUAUGAAGAGGAACAGGAACGAAAAAGGGAGAAAGAGGAGGAGCAAAGGCUGAAAAAUGAAGAACUUAUACGGUUAGCUGAAGAAAGACGUAAAGAGGCAGAAAAAAAGAAAAGAGAGGAAGAAGAAAGACAUAAUCUACAACUUCAACACUACUAUGAAAGAGAAAACUUGAUUGGUGGUGAAACCAAUCGUUUGAGACAGCCUUCUCCUGUAGUUCCUGCUCUUCAGAACAAAAUGGCAAGCAAGCUGCAAACACCUCCUUCGGCUGACAGCAUUAUAAGUUGCUUUUCUCAAGAAAGUUCCAUAGGCAGAACACAUUCUCCUCCCGUUCCUGCGAGGAAAAAUCAGCUUCGUGCAGAAGAGGAGAAAAAAAAUGUAAUUAUGGAAUUAUCAGAAAUGAGAAAACAGCUUCGUAGUGAAGAACGGCGUCUCCAAGGACAGUUGCUACAAAUGGACAAUGAUGAGGAAAUUCACUUAAGGAAAAGAGAAAGGAAUCCUAUGCAUAUAUUUGACAAGGCUAGACAACGGGUACAAGCACCUGUCAGAAGACAGUCUCCUAAAGGCUUAGAACCUACUACUUCUCAGAAUAUUUUUGACUUUAAUGAGCUAAAGGGUAGAGAUUCAGAUACACGAUUUGAUUUAAAAUUUAUGUAUCCCAAUCCUCCAAGAGAUCGUCACACCUUAGAGAUUCAACAGCAAGCCUUACUAAGAGAGCAGCAGAAGAGACUCAAUAGAAUGAGGAUUCAAGAAGAUGCUAAAGUUUUCCUAGGUGCUAUGCCAGAUGCUGAAGCAAGAGACCACAACACGACCAGAAAUGAUGCUACUGAUUUCUUGAAAAAUUCUUUAUUAGAAUCUGACAGUGCUUUUAUUGGUGCUUAUGGUGAGACGUACCCUGCCAUUGAAGACGAUGUGCUGCUUCCAUCUUCGCAGCCUCCCUCUGCCAGGCAGCGCAGGAGGAACAAAAUGAAGGGUCUGGAUGGUGAUAAUAACAGUCAUCCUGAUGUACCACCAGAUAAUAUCUCAUUAAAAUCUAUAUCCAGUAUAAGUAUUGAUCAACUUAGAACAAGAAAUGAGGAAAGAAUGCGAAGAUUGAAUGAGCUUCAGAAUAAGCCUAUUAACACAGAUGACGAGAGUUCACUGGUUGACCCUGAGGACAUCAUGAAGCAAACGGGUGAUGAUGGAUCAGCCUCUGUAGCAACUGAGCCCUGGCUCCGCCCUGGUACUUCAGAAACAUUGAAAAGAUUUAUGGCUGAACAACUGAACCAGGAACAGCCUCAGGUUCCCGCAAAACCAGGGACUUACAACUGGCAGGGCCUAUCUACUGCUCAUGGCUAAAACGAAUCUACUGGACUAGUAGUUAGUGCCUUUUAGGAGGGAAAGGAAUGUUAAAUCCGAAUCUUUAUUAAUAAAUUGCUACCUUUGGCCUCUACGUGGAGGUUUCUUGGGGGUCUUUUUCCCCUCAUUAUGAUGUAUAUGAUGUACAUAAAUAGAAGGCCAUGAUUAUUUAUAUAAUGUAGAUGUAUAGAGUUAUUUUUGCACAAUUUUGUCAUAAAUUUGUAAUAAAUUCUUGGAAUCAGCUACCAUAUGUGCAUUACUUUAAAUUCUGCUUGUCAGUAAAAUAAGGUGAACGAAACAAGUGUCUUAAUUGUACUGUAAAACCAGAAUACCCUGUUAUAUGUGUAAUUGCUAUUGCUCUCUGUUCAAAGCGAUUCAUUUAGUAAAACUAUAGAUCAUAGCUGUGACUAUUCCAACUUGAUGUAAUGAGAAUGUGAUGUGUUAUUUAUGGCUAUUGAUUCAGUGUAAUGGAAAUCAUAAUUGAUUUAUUCCCAAGAGCCAUACACCAUAUGAUACAUCUUUCCACCUCUAUUUUUUGUGCCAAAGGCAUUGUCUGAUAUUUACUAAUUUAUAUGACAUAAUAAUUUCUUGAUAGAAAUAAAUUAUUUUUAUUAA